AGAUUUGGUCCUUGUCUUGUCACUCUGCUUCCUGCCCAUUUGGUGCCUUGAGGAUUUUAAUCAUUGCACUGUGCAUAUAUCACUCAUACCAAAAGUGGUCCUGCAUUUCUUCAGUAGCAGCUGCAUGAGGCAGAGCCUUCCAGCUUCUCUAUCAGACAAGGAAUUCCUUUCCUUUGCUUUGGAGCAAAGUUUUCCAGGUUCAUCUUUAGGAUUUUUAAAAAAUAUUAACCUUUUUGGAUCCAUGCUAUGGAGAAUGCAGACUCUGUUGCAUUUUCUAACGGGCAGAAUCACCAAAGUUCUUGGAUACUUGUAAGGUCUGCAUUGUACAUAAAUUAUCAACGGAGAUGUGAAUAAAUUUGGACUUUGCUUCAGGGAGAUUUUAUUAUUCCAUCAGCCAAUAAUGCGUGACAUUCGUGAAUUUAAUGGCAGACCUUGAAGUGUAUAAAAAUUUAAGCCCAGAGAAAGUUGAAAGAUGUAUGAGUGUAAUGCAAUCUGGGACUCAAAUGGUUAAACUGAAGAAUGGAGCCAAAGGUCUGGUUCGUCUUUUUUACCUUGAUGAGCACAGGACUUGUAUCAGAUGGAGGCCAUCUAGGAAGAGUGAAAAGGCAAAAAUCAUAAUUGAUUCCAUCUACAAAGUCACUGAAGGCCGACAAUCAGAAAUAUUCCAUCGGCAUGCUGAAGGUAACUUUGAUCCCAGUUGCUGCUUUACCAUUUACCAUGGAAACCACAUGGAGUCACUGGAUUUGAUAACGUCUAAUCCAGAGGAAGCUCGCACUUGGAUCACUGGGCUGAAAUACCUGAUGGCUGGGAUAAGUGAUGAAGACUCUCUUGUGAAAAGGCAACGAACACAUGAUCAUUGGGUGAAGCAGACUUUUGAGGAAGCAGACAAGAAUGGGGAUGGAUUGCUAAAUAUUGAAGAAAUCCACCAGUUGAUGCACAAACUGAAUGUCAAUUUGCCCCGCAGAAAAGUGAGACAAAUGUUUCAGGAGGCUGACACAGAUGAGAACCAGGGGACCCUAACUUUUGAAGAGUUUUCUGUGUUUUACAAGAUGAUGUCAUUAAGGCGUGACCUCUACCUGCUACUGUUGAGCUACAGUGAUAAAAAAGACCACCUCACUGUGGAGGAGUUUGCUCAGUUCCUGAAGGUAGAACAAAAGAUGAGUAAUGUAACGACAGAAUAUUGUUUGGACAUCAUGAGAAAAUUUGAAGUUUCGGAAGAAAACAAGAACCAAAAUGUUCUGGGCAUAGAAGGCUUUACAAACUUUAUGCGCAGUCCUGCCUGUGAUGUGUUCAAUGCAUUACACAGUGAGGUACACCAAGAUAUGGACCAGCCCCUCUGCAAUUAUUUCAUUGCCUCUUCCCACAACACGUACCUAACUGGAGACCAACUUCUCUCUCAGUCUAAAGUUGAGAUGUAUGCUCGAGUUCUACAAGAUGGCUGUCGAUGUCUUGAAGUUGACUGCUGGGAUGGCCCAGACGGAGAGCCAGUCGUGCAUCAUGGUUAUACCCUUACUUCCAAAAUACUUUUUAAAGAUGUAUUAGAAGUGAUCAACAAAAAUGCUUUUGUUAAAAAUGAGUUUCCAAUUAUACUAUCUAUUGAAAACCACUGCAGUAUUCAACAGCAAAAGAAAAUUGCUCAGUACCUCAAGGAGAUUUUCAGUGACAAGCUGGACUUGACUUCUGUGAAUGCUGGGGAUUCUAAACAGCUUCCAAGUCCACAAAGUUUGAAAGGCAAAAUCCUAAUAAAGGGCAAAAAGCUCCCAUAUAGUCUUGGUGCUGAUGCUGAAGAAGGAGAAGUUUCUGACGAAGACAGUGCUGAUGAAAUUGAGGAUGAUUGCAAGCUAAAGUUCUCAUAUAGUAAUGGCACCACUGAGCACCAGAUAGAAUCUUUUAUAAGGAAGAAACUGGAAUCCUUGUUAAAAGAAUCUCAGAUCAGAGACAAAGAAGACCCCGACUGCUUUACUGUGAGGGCACUCUUGAAAGCAACCCACGAGGGCUUAAAUGUUAACUUCAAACAGAACUCAGAUCAGAAAGAUACUAGCAAGAAAUCUCAUGGCAGACUAAUGAGCAACUUUGGAAAACAUAAGAAGGCUGCAAAACCAAGAUUCAAGUCUCAUAGCACAUCUGAUGAUGAGGAUCCCCAGCAAAGCUGUCCUGCAAAAGAACCUAGUGGACAGUUAUGCAGGUUGGGACGGCGGAGAAAAACAAUGAAGUUGUGCCGUGACCUUUCUGAUUUAGUGGUGUACACAAAUUCUGUGGCAGCUCAAGACAUAGUUGAUGAUGGAUCUGUGGGGAAUGUGCUAUCCUUCAGUGAGACGAGAGCACACCAGGUGGUGCAGCAGAAGGCUGAGCAAUUUAUGCUUUAUAACCAGAAGCAGCUCACAAGAAUCUACCCAUCUGCCUACCGGAUUGACUCCAGCAAUUUCAACCCUUUGCCAUAUUGGAAUGUUGGCUGCCAGCUGGUGGCAUUAAACUAUCAAUCUGAUGGCCGAGUGAUGCAGUUAAAUCAAGCAAAAUUCAAGAUGAAUGGGAACUGUGGAUACGUCCUGAAACCUCAGCAGAUGUGCAAAGGCACAUUCAGUCCCUGUUCUGCAGAUCCACUUCCUGCUUUCCCUAAGAAGCAACUGAUUCUCAAAAUUAUCAGUGGACAGCAGCUACCGAAACCUCCAGAUUCCAUGUUAGGAGACAGAGGAGAGAUAAUCGAUCCAUUUGUUGAGGUAGAAAUUAUUGGACUACCCGUCGACUGCUGCAAAGACCAGACAAGGGUAGUAGAUGACAAUGGUUUUAAUCCUGUUUGGGAAGAAACACUCAGUUUUACCAUUCACAUGCCUGAAAUAGCAUUGGUUCGGUUUCUUGUUUGGGAUCAUGAUCCUAUUGGCCGAGACUUUGUUGGACAAAGAACAGUUGCCUUUAGCAGCCUUAUGCCUGGCUAUCGUCAUGUGUAUUUGGAUGGACUAACUGAGGCAUCUAUAUUUGUUCACAUAACAAUCAAUGAAAUUUUUGGAAAGUGGAGUCCCUUAAUCCUCAACCCAAGUUAUACUAUCAUGCACUUUCUAGGAGCCACUAAGAACAAACAACUGAUAGGACUCCGGGGGCUUUUCAACAAGAAUCCCAAACACAAUACUAUGGAAAACAGUGGUCUUUAUGUUAGGAAAAGAUCAAUUGGUGAGCGAAUUCUCCGGCGCACAGCCAGUGCUCCAGCAAAGGGCAGGAAGAAGAGCAAAAUGGGCUUUCAGGAAGCCACUGAACUUAAGGAGAGUGUAUCAGAGGUGACAGACCUGAAGGACAAGGACGGAGUUUUAAGACGUACGAGCAGGAGCUUGCAAGCACGUCCCAUCUCCAUGCCAGUUGAGAAGUAUCUUCUGAGGGGUUUGCCAUCGCCAGAUCAGAAGGCUACCACCACCAUGGAUGAUAAAAAAGAAAAGGCCUCUGAAAGUGAAGACCAUACAAAUUCGAAAGAAGCAAUUUCCUUUUCUGAGAAAGAUUCAUCUUUUAUGGCAUUUGUACCUUCAUUUGAAAGUUUUGCUCCCAAGACUGAUGAUUAUACAACUUUACAUGCUUAUGAAAAAUCAGAUGGCUUAGACUUUGUGACUGGCAUAGCUGAGACCUAUUUCUCCACUGAAUAUUGGAAGGAUAAUCUUUCCAGUGAGUCUGUACAUAUAAAGAAGGAAUCUGAAAGAGAAGAGAAUGAAGGUCUAUGUUCUGUGGAUCAGAAACUUUGGGGAGGUACAGAAGAGAAAAAAACAAAAGCCAGUAGUUCUGUUCCUCAAGAACACGUGGAAAAUAUUAUCAAUUCUCACACGCUAGCCAAUAGCACUAUUACUAAUUUAUCAUUAGGUGACUCGUUUUCUUCUGCCUGUCACGAUGUCCAGGGCUUUCAUUAUACACCAGCCAUACAAGAUACUGACAUUUCUCACCUUAUCAGUGAAGUCUCUUUAACUGAUGAAAGUGAUCUGAGUAGUUCUCUAUCAGCACUGAUAGAUCAGGCUGAUGUCACAAGUGAUCAGACUAAUUUGACUGUUGUGUCCAGUCCUCCUGGAGUUGACAAAAAGAUCAUUAAUAUGAAGUCUACACAUUCACCACAUAUGGUUUCACAUGAUCAGAAUGAAAUGCCUGAUUGCAAGUCGCCUAAAGUAACACAGGUUGAAUUGCCAGCAUAUUCAACACCAGAAAUGGCUAUAAUGACAACACCUGCGACAACAGAGUGUUCUCUGUACACAAUUAUCCAUGAGGCUCCUCUUUCUCCAACUGCUUCUCCCCAUGUUUCAGCAGCCAAACUUAAUAAUGAGAAUAUAACCCGCUGUGUGGAAGAUCCUAGUACUGUUUCUUCCUGCAUCUCAUCUGUCACUCUGCUGAAAUCAGACCCAAAAAGAAAGUGUAGAACAAACUGGGAAUCUUUCAGUGAUAGUAAUUCUUGCUUUUCAGAUGCCUCUGACUUGGAGCGUACAAUAUUUGCCCAGUUCCCACCUGCAAAUUCUGCAGGCAGCAGCUUAAUGGAAGUUGAUGGGGAAUUACAAGACCUCUUGAUCACUACCUAUGAAUAUAAGAGGGAAGACAUGAGUCAACUUGCUUCUCCUUUGAGACUUAAGCAUAAUCAAGACACUCAGUAUCAUAACAAAGCCACCUGUGAACAUCCCUAUAGUGUGGACAUCCACAGUGCCAACCAAGUUGAAGAUGGCAAGUUUAAAAAUGAGAAGACACAAUAUUUUCCACACUCCAAAUAUCAAAAUGGUGAUCUUUUGUACAAUAAUUACUUUCAAUUUUCAAACACACAAAAUGAAGUGUUAAACAACUCCCAAAGAGCCAAUGUAUCCAAAAAUGCUCUACCAUUGCCUUUUUUCCCAGCUCAAAAACAACCAAGUCCUUGUAAAUCCAAAAGUCUUGGAGACUUGACCUCAGAAGACAUCUCUUGUAAUUUUGAAAGCAAAUACAAGUAUAUUAGUAGGGGCUUUAUUACAUCUGGCAUGAAAGAUAAAAUGGUGGCUACUCUGAAAGCUAAAAAACCUCAGACUACCAAUUCUCUGACAGAGCAACUGCGGAAACUAGUGUCUUUUGAUCAAGACGAUGGUUGCCAAUCUUUCUGUUCUCAGCAAAAUGAUGAUUGCCCUAAAAUGCUGGUUAGAAAACUGUCUUCCAGGAGUCAAAGCAGAGUGCGAAAUAUUGCUAGUCGUGCCAAGGAGCGACAAGAAGCCAGCAAACAAAAGCUUUCCAACACUAGCAGCAAUGUAGCCGGGGUGGUCUUUCGAAAUAAGCCCUCUAUGACUCCUCAUGUUAUCAACAGACACUCCACUGGAUCUUACAUAGCAAGCUAUCUUGAUAACUUCAAUGCAGAUGAUGUAGAAAGUCGAGGCGUCCCAGAAGGUGCAUGCACAUCAUUGCGUUUUGGAUACAGUGAUCGGUUUUGUACAGAUGACUCUCUUUUAGAGACAAAGCCAAGCGAAGAUGAUAAACCAGAAAUUUAUUUUCUCCUGAGACUGUAAAUUGUAUAAAUGCACAUCUUCAUUGUUUACAAGCUUUCCCACUGAAUGAAGGAUGAUCAGUAAGCAAUGUAGCCAUUAGCAUUCAAAUGACUUAGAAAUUUAUUUUUCUGUUGUCAUGAAUUAAUGCAUCCAUUUUGAUCAAAGAUUAUGUAAAUAGAUGUUGUAAAAUUUAUUUUCAGUUUUUCUCUUCUUUUUUUGGAGACUAUACACAAACAAGUUGGUUAUGGUUUGCAUGCCAUAUAUGCAAUAGAUGUCCUGUAUUUGCAGUGCAUGUGCAACAGAAUUUGGUAUAGCUAUGAGUCACCUCAAAAUAUUGCACUGACUGCAAUCCCUGUCUUCUUUUCCCAAUCAUUUAGCUACUUCUAAUGAUUUUAGAGUAGUUACCUUAUGAUUUCUCUUUCAAGUAUGUAAUCACAUAGGUUCAAUUGGAUUAUUUUUAAAUGGAAAAAAUAGAUGGGAGAAAAUAAGUAUUCAUA